GUAAAAGAAAACCGACGCGCCUUGGCUCUCUUAUGCUUGUUGUGCCGUUAUUUACUUUUAGGAAGUAACUCGUGAGCAGUUAACAGUAGUAUAGUAUACAGAUUAUUAUUUUAACUCUAUACCACCUUGCCUGAUGAAAUGACGCACAUUUAGGCAGGAAAACUCUUGAAUUAGACACUUUUGCUGCAGAAGCCGUCAUGUUCCACAACAGCUCACAAAGUAAAUACUGGACAUUUGACAGUGAGGAAAAAGUUGAGCGGAUGAGGUGCAAGGCCAAUGAGAAAUUCCGUAACAAGGCACUACAAAGUGGGAAGCCUGGUGUGAAUGAGUCCAUGUUCUUGGAGCGUCACGAAGAAGAUGUAUUAUUUCGUCACUACGAGAGGAGACUGCUGGACUUCUGCAAUGCUUUUAAGCCUGCAAUGCCCAAGUCUGUUGUGGGUACAGCCAUCAUGUACUUCAGAAGAUUCUACCUGAAUAACUCCAUUAUGGAGUACCACCCCAGGAUUAUCAUGCUAACGUGUGCAUACCUGUCCUGUAAAGUGGACGAGUUCAAUGUGUCCGGCGCACAGUUUGUAGGAAAUCUUCAAGAGACAGCAGCAGGACAGGAGAGGGUUCUGGAGCAAAUUCUGGAGUAUGAACUGCUGCUAGUUCAGCAGCUCAAUUUUCACCUGGUGGUCCACAACCCAUACAGACCCAUGGAGGGUUUUCUCAUUGAUCUCAAGACUCGAUAUCCUGCACUGGAGAACCCAGAAACAUUGAGGAAGAGUGCUGAUGACUUUCUGACCCAGGCAGCUAUGACAGAUGCAGGACUGCUGUUUUCUCCCUCACAGAUCGCUCUGACUGCUAUUCUGAACAGUGCUUCUAGAGCAGGACUAAACAUGGAGAGCUACCUGACUGAAUGCUUGGGACUGAAAGACGAUAAGGAGACCCUCUCGAAGAUGUAUGACUUGAUGAGACGGAUGAAGACCCUCCUGAAGAAAUAUGAACUUCCAAAACCUGAGGGGGUGAACAUUUACAAACAAAAGUUGGAGAGGAUUCAUGCUGAGUUUACCAGUUCAAGCACCAAACGGAAGAGAGGAUAUGAAGAAGAUGGCCAUGUAGCAAAAGUGUCCCGUUUGGCUGAAGAGGAAUGGACUGAUGAAGACCUCAUAUGAGCUUCAUGUGGUUGUGGAAUGGAACUAAAUUCUUUUACUGCUUGGCUCCAACAUUUUAGCAAACAGUAUGGCAAAUACUGCAGAAACAAAAUCAAAGUAUACAUUUUCUACUGCAUGUUUUGUUUGCUUUUUUGUGCAGAUAGAAUAAAGGUAUUUUUAUACACA